CCGGCCUGAACAAAAUUGGCACUUCCGGUUUGUUUGUGGAAGGCGGAACAAGCAGCCCUACGGAGGGAACAAAGGACGAUUGAGUUAACCAAUAUGGAUAGAGCCUCCUCUCCAUAGCCCAGUAUUCAGCCACGAUGUCAAAACGACCAUCCUACGCCCCUCCCCCUCCCCCCGCCCCGGCAGCACAAUUGCCUUCCACCCCAGGGUUUGUGGGCUACAACCCUUACAGCCAUCUGGCCUACAACAACCUCCGGCUGGGAGGGAGCUCCGGAGGCUCCAGCAGGAACUCCACAGGGGUCACCGUCCCAAAGCCUCCCAAACCUCCAGACAAGCCACUGAUGCCUUACAUGCGGUACAGCCGGAAGGUAAGCAGGAAGGUAUGGGACCAAGUGAAGGCAUCCAACCCGGACCUGAAGCUGUGGGAGAUUGGAAAGAUUAUCGGAGGGAUGUGGAGAGACCUGACGGAUGAGGAGAAACAGGAUUACCUGAACGAGUAUGAAGCUGAGAAGAUAGAGUAUAAUGACUCUUUGAAGGCAUACCACAACUCACCAGCCUACCUGGCCUACGUCAACGCUAAGAACCGGGCCGAAGCCGCAAUGGAGGAGGAGAGCAGACAGAGGCAGACUCGGAUGGACAAAGGAGAGCCGUACAUGAGCAUCCAGCCCGCUGAAGACCCUGAUGACUACGAUGAUGGUUUUUCAGUGAAGCACACGGCGGCCGCUCGCUUCCAGAGGAAUCACCGGCUCAUCAGUGACAUCCUCAGUGAGAUUGUUGUGCCUGAUGUCCGCUCGGUGGUCACCACAGCCCGUAUGCAGGUUCUUAAGAGGCAGGUCCAGUCUCUUAUGGUGCACCAGAGGAAGCUGGAGGCAGAACUUCUGCAGAUUGAGGAUCGCCACCAAGACAAGAAAAGACGCUUCCUGGAGACCACCGACUCAUUCAACACUGAGCUCAAGCGGCUGUGCAGUCAGAAGGUUGAGGUGGACAUGGAGAAGCUAGCAGCAGAGAUGGCUGCUGCUGAAGAGGCGGCCAGGCGCCGGGCGGAGGAGAGGGAGCGUGAGGCGGCCGAGCAGGCAGAGAAAGCUGCUCAACAGGCGCAGCAGCAGCAGCAACAGCAGCAGCAGCAGCAACAGCAGCAGCAACAGCAGCAACAGCAGCAACAGCAGCAGCAGCAGCAGCAGCAGCAACAACAGCAGCAGCAGCAGCAGCAGUCAGAGGAGACUGCUGGAAACAAAGCAGCAGAGCAGAGUAGUGCUAAUGCUAGCAGCACAGCUAACCCCACCUCAGGGACCAAGGAGGAGGACAAGCCCACACCAAUGGAGACAGAUGAUGUUGCACCAGCAGAGCCCUCCUCAGACCCUCAGCCUGCUCCACCUCCUCCAUCUGACCCCCCCUCUUCUGCCUCUGAUAAAGCAACCCCUCCCCCGGAGCCCCCCAGGGAGAGCAACACUCCGGUCAGCAGUGCCCCCAGUGAUGACAGCAACAACAGCAUGCCCCCUCCUCCUUCAGACAGCGCCCCUGGAGCAGCAGCCCCUGAUCCUCCGGCGGCUCAGGAAGCUAACCCCAGUGCAGCUAACCCUAAUGUGGCCGCAGCAGCACCUCCGCCUGCUUCAGAAGAACCAGCCCCUCCACCACCACCACCACCACCGCCACUACUACCCUCCAGCCAGAGCAGCCAACAGUAUGAUGCGUAACAGUCUGUUUGUUAGAUACACAUUGGGAACUAUAGAAGGCCUCCCGGUGCUGCAGCAGGUGGGGAGGAAGUGAGACUUGUAUAGUGCCUCCAUCAUAACAGAUCUUGUGAAUGAGUAGUGCUGAAUGGUUGAGGGUCUGAUAGUAUGGUUAAUUAAACAGUAAGCAUGUAUUUCAUACAAAAGUGAUGAAGGGUUUUCAUCAUCCAGCCUCGUGCAGCUGGGCCAAGCGAGACCCUAUUGGGGAAAUUAGGACGUUACUUAAAUCUGUGUUAAACCUUUUUUAAUUUACUCAGCAUGCCUGGUUUGUUGUUGUGACUGAAUGAAUUGAAAAGUCACCAAAGAGUACAAAAUUUGACCCGACUGAUUUUGUGUUCCAGACAUUGUGCAAGCCAUUCCUUUAUUCUUUCUAAUUAUGUCACUUGAUGAAUUAAAAAAAAAAAAAGGUUUAAAAUAACCACAUACAGACUUCAGAAGCGACACUAGGGGACUGUAACAUGGCCAUCAGUGACACCACUGGAUGCUUGAACGUCAUAUACAGGGAUCUAACUCUACACCACUGUCUGCUCCUGUUUAUUGUCCAACAUCAAGCUGUGAAUCCUCAGAUACACGUCCAGCUGUCAGAGGCAUUUAAGAGGCUGGAACAAAAAUGUUUCUCAUUUUAAUAACUUGAUUUAUCAAAAAUAGUUGCAGUUUAGUUUUUCUGUUGAUCAACAUGUUAAAUCUCAGUUGCAACGUAUUUUAGAAUACUUCCUCAUCUAUGACGCCAGGAGAAAGGAUGCCAGGCAUGCUGAUGGAUGUUUUUUUAAUCUAUAGUUCAAAUGUAAGCCUCCAGUAACUCCCACUGUGUACACGCUGUACUGUUGGAUGUGGCUGAAUGAGUUCCACAUACUUCUCGAUCGCUCAGUUUUGAUGUAUAAACCUUUAAAUCAGCCCUUAUAGUUUACUUCAAUAAGAGCGCAGCUGUAAUCUUAAGGGGUACAGUACGCACAUGUUCAGAGUCUGGAUUGUCUGAAGCUGAAUAUGUACAUAAAGGGCAACGUCGCAUGAAAGGACCUCAACCCACCCCCUCCCGAUUUAAGACCUCAGAAUUUUGUAGUUUCUCAGUUUCUGUGAUUUCUACUACUGUUACUACUUCUUUGUGUUUUUAGAGAUUUAGUGGAACCUUUUUAGAAUCAUAUACUCAACUUCAGCCUUCGUAUUAAACCUGUACUUAAAUCAGAUGCCAUUUGUAACAUCUUUAAGUUUGACUGGGGAUGACUAACCUUGUUAUGGAUUUUAAUUAUUGGUCUGCUCCCAUUCUGCAUGCUUAACUAAAUACUAACUAUAAUCCUGCAAGAAUCUGAACAAUUGGGUCUUAUUCAAAGAGUUGAGGUAGAGGAGAACUGUUUUUAAAAUGAACUUGUAGGACAAAAGACAUGUGCGCAAGAAAGUAAAAAAUGAAAUGAUGUCUUUUAAAGUCUGGGUGAUAAAAUCUCUUGCAUUGAGUAUAAACAGUUGAAGUGGGUGUUUGUUGCCCUGUAUUCAUCACGUUUGACGCAUACUCACUUAGCAUUUAGGCUGUAAGAUCGUCUCUACAAGGUGAGGCUGUUUUUUUUAUAGACUGUUCCUCCUUUAGAUUGCAUAUUCCACAAGCCGAGAAAUGCACACGCUACCCUCAUCCAAAUGUAACCUCAGUCGCGUGCAUUUAAAGGACUGUUUUCUUACUUGAAUUGGACUGUUUUUAGAAUAUGCCUGUUUUUUUAAUCUUUCUUUUGUACUGUCUGAACUUAUCUAUCCAAAUAAAGGUGAUUUCUCAGUC